GAAAUAAGCAGCAGCUGUAGAGAGCAGGUGAUGGGCAGCCACACUUCAAUCCUCGUCGUGAACUGGGAAUCUCAGUUUGCACGGUCACCCACACAUUGGAUUGAACGCUCCACCAGCAAGUAGAAAUCCUACCACAAUGCAGGCCGAAGAUUAAUAUCAGCAUUAUCAAAACUGGCAGACUACAGUUUUAGUUAUGUGCGUGGCGGGAAGCUGCAAUUAAAUAAAUGCACCGUGAACGAUUUUACUGUCAUUGUCAGAUAACUGUGCAGGUGUCAGAAUUUGGGGACAAGUGAAUUAAAAAUGUGCAGAUCGAUGUGGAGCAGGGAUAUUCAGCGUGUGAUGGAUGCCAGCAUUACCUGAAUGCACCGGGCACCCCUUCACCUGCCCAACUCUUCAGUUGAAUACCUUCCUUUUGUUCAAAUAACGAGUCCUUUACCAGGAAAGGAGAUAACGGAAGGUGUUUUGGAAGACUGCAGGAUAAACGGAUUAAAAUCGAGAAAUCGAGGCUCUGGGAUAAUUGCAAAGAAGAUUACACCGUAUAACUGGAGACGGCUGUAGGUGACCCGAAGAGAAGGAAUCAGAGAACUGAGUAACUCUACACUCCAACCAAAGAGAAAGAGGAUACCGAGACAACUCUACUGCAGGGAACGCUAUCGCAUUUCAUCCGGGUUUACACCUGAACGACUGCGCAAUAAUUCAGAGGGACAGGUAGCUGGUGACCAGGGUUUGAGAGAUGUACUCUUAGGAGACUGAAGCCGGUGGUAUCCAAAGGUGAUCUGAAAAAGAAGGAAAGUCUCUACAAUCAACAGCACUAAAUCUGAAGAAAUAUAUCCACUGGGACUCAAGGGAAGGAAACACAAAGGACCGGUGUUAGACAUAAAACUCCCCGUUACUCCAUCCGGCACUGCUAUUAAUUACAGAGCAUUAGACAUUUAUUAAAAUCCACGAGUUUACAAUCCUCAACGUGAACAAUUAGAACAGACUCCAGCAGCCGAUACAAGCAUCUACUUUCCAUACAAAAACUUCGACUUGUACAAAAGCAAACCUUGAAGUACGAAGCCUUGAUAAUAUUUAAAUUAUUUGCUGAGGUACUUUUUGGUUAAUUGCUAUUAAAGACUUUAAAGAGGGAAGUGGAGGAGCUAAGAGGUUAGAUGACCGUGCAUUUAAGCUGACGUCACUGGAUGCCUCUAUAGGAUUUGGAUGUUUUGGCUAUUUGGUCUUUAAGGAGCAGAUCAACUAAAAAGUGCCUGUAUUGUUUGCGUUUCUGAGCUCCCACUGGAAGAGCGUUUUAAAAUUCCCCACCAGAAGGCAAAUAACCUGAAGGAAAAGAAAUGCCCACGAACGGAACCCACCAAGCUUUGAAGAUCCAAUUUGGAUUAAUCAAUUGCAACAAUAAGUACUUGACAGCAGAAGCGUUUGGUUUCAAAGUCAAUGCGUCUGGUGUCAGCCUAAAGAAGAAGCAAAUCUGGAUGUUGGAACAGGACGAUGGCAACAACUCUGUGGUCUUUUUCAAGAGCCACCUUGGUCGCUACCUGUUGGCUAAUAAGGAUGGCGAUGUGUCAUGUGAGGCCGAGCAGCCCGACGUUGAUUGCAGGUUCACGGUGAUUGCACAUGCCGAUGGCAGAUGGACUCUGCAGUCUGAACCCCACAAGCGGUACUUUGGUGGAACCGAAGACCGUCUCUCGUGUUUUGCCCAGACCAUCACCGAGUCUGAACUUUGGUCCAUUCACCUGGCCAGCCACCCCCAAGCCAACCUCUUAAGUGUCAGUCGGAAAAGAUACGCCCAUCUCUCGGUGCAGGAGGACGAGCUAUCCGCUGACAGCAACAUUCCUUGGGGAGUGGAUGCUCUCAUCACCUUGAUCUAUCAAGAGAAGAAGUAUAGUAUCCAGACCUGCGACAAUAGGUUUCUCCGGAAUGAUGGAAAGUUGAUUAAGACGCGUGAUCUGGGCACUAGCUACACUUUGGAAUUUAAAGCUGGGAAAAUCGCCUUCAAGGAUCAUGAGGGGAAAUAUCUGAGUGCAAUGGGGCCAAGCGGUACUCUGAGAUCUGGAAGAAACUCCAAGCCGGGCAAGGACGACCUCUUCGAUUUGGAGCAGAGUCAUCCGCAAGUGGUUUUACGAGCCUCUAAUGACCGGCUGGUAUCAAUCAGACAAGGUAUGAAUAUUUCAGCCAACCAGGAUGAAGAAACACAUCAGGAAACGUAUCAGAUGGAAAUUGAUAAAGAGACUAAGAAGUGCAUCUUACGUACACACACAGGAAACUUCUGGACAUUGGUGGCUCAUGGAGGGAUCCAAUCCACAGCUACUGAAGUAGAUGCCAACUGUAUGUUUGAAAUAGCGUGGCGUGGGAGAAGAAUUGCACUCAAGGCCAACAAUGGCAAAUACAUCUGUACAAAGAAAAAUGGACAGCUUGCAUCAGUGAGUGAUUCAGCUGGUGAAGAUGAAGAGUUUACAUUGAGACUGAUUAAUAGACCUAUCCUGGUACUACGAGGAGAUCAUGGAUUUGUCUCUUACCACAAAAGCUCCAGCACACUUGAUGCCAAUCGGUCAGCUUAUGAUGUCUUUCAGCUUGAAUUUGAAAAUGGAGCAUAUCAUAUUAAAGGCUCUGAUGGCAAGUUCUGGUAUGUAUCCAGUACCGGGACAAUCUGCACUGACGGUAUCAUUCCUGAAGACUUUUACUUAGAAUUCAGAGAUCAUGGUCGACUGGCUAUCAAAGGAAAGAAUGAAAAAUAUCUGCGAGGAAACCAAGCAGGCACUCUUAGGGCAGAUGCAGAUGAAGUGGACAGUUCCACACUGUGGGAAUAUUAAUGGAUGGACACAGUCUCAGUAGACCAUGUGAAUGAUAGAUGUAUUCCUUAUGUAUGAUCUGAUGGAUAUGUAGGGCAAAAUUUGGAGGACUACCUGCAGAGAUUAAUAUUAAAUCUUAAUUUAGGCCCUUUGUUAAGAAUCCACCAUUUUAGUUUGUAAUCUGAACCAUGGAGCCUCUUUAAAAUUCACUGUAUAAACUUUGGAGAUAUUGAUUGGCUGACAUUGCAGUCUCAUUCAAGGACAGGAAUAAGAUGUGUAUUGUCUUGUAGGCUUCAGUUUCUGGCAUUUAAUACAGGAAAAAUAUUUUAUCAAAUUCAUUUUAGUUGGGUGCUAACUGAUUGUUUUGUAUAUAUGACGAAGUUUUAUUUGACUCUCGAGUAGAUAGUAUGUACUUCCGCUAGUAUAGCACAGAGCCUGGGAACAAGCGAUAAACAAUUUUUUUUAUAUGUGUGUGUGUGUGUGGUUCUUGGGCUCGGUUAUAAUGCUUACACAGUCAAUCAUCUCUUAUGGUAAGUAGCCACAUCAGUCAGGUACAGUAAGAUGCCCCAUGUCCAUAGAACCAUACCUUAUUAUGGGUCUUCAAAUAGUAAGACAUUAAAAUCCUUACAUGUGGCUCUAAUUCCUUGUGUCUCUUCCUACUGCAUUGCCCUAGCACAUUUUGUUGAUGUUAUAUCUACUGUUACAAAAUAUGUCCUCUGAUUGCAAUGACUAAUGCUACAGGAGACUUGCCACUGAUCUGGUGACUCAAAGCAUAACCACUGAUUACACUAAACAGGUUUCUCUCUCACACAAGAAUAAUUUUCCAGAGAAAUUUUUGUACAUUUGUAUUUUAAUUGGAUAUGUAGAUUGUUCGCAUACUGAACCUAGUAUGAUUCACUUGGUGAUGCAGAUAACUUGGCAAUGGGGACUGUAUUGACUGAGUAAUAGUUAUUUUUUAAAAAUAUUAUUUAGUACAUACAAUUGUUGUCAUCAAGGCCUUGUCCUCUUUUGUUAGUUAAUUAAUACAAUGUAAUCCUGUGGAAAUUGAGGUUAUUAUGGCUUUAGAUUUUGGAGUAAUUUGGAACAAAAAUUUACAAUUAUAACUAUAUUUAUAAUAAAAUAGCAACAAUGUGGUGACUGCCUUAACAAAGGG